AGGUUGAGCGGACCCUAUUUAUAGUAUCUUACUUAAAAUCCUUAAUAUGAUGCUUCUAGUUUCUUCCUAAUAAAGUAACAAACCACCCACGCUGCAAUGAGUAGCCCGGAAAAUGCUCCUGCCGCCGCCGCUGACGGUGGCGUUAUCGAGGACGAACUUGAGGAAUAUUCGGAGGAGUUCAAAUGUUGCGUCUGCCUGGAGCUCAUCUACAAGCCAGUUGUAUUGGCUUGUGGCCAUAUUUCAUGUUUUUGGUGCGUCUUCGAAGCUAUGGACUUUUGGCAGGAAUCUCACUGCCCCGUUUGUCGACACGCGUAUUAUCAUUUUCCUAGUAUAUGUUGGCUGCUUCACUCUGUCUUGCUGAAGUUGUAUCCUAAAGCUUAUCAAAUAAGGGAAAGUCAAGUUGCAAAUGCAGAAAAGGCCCAUGGAACAUCCUCACCGCAGUUUGAAAACUAUUUAGCAGUAUCACAUGGUGGUGAACAAAUGGCAUCACAGUGUCAUACCACGGUACAAGGUAAAGAUUGUUCGGGUGGAGAACCAUUGGAACCUGUUCGUUCUGAAAAUAACAGUACCACUGCUACUACAGGAAUCCUUACAAAUUCGAGUGAUCAAAUCACUACAGCUGGAAGUGAUCAUGUUGACAUACGUAACAAGCAGAUUUCGAUCGAUGAUUUACUCUGUUCAGUAUGUAAAGAGCUUCUCUGUCAACCUGUUGUGCUUAAUUGUGGUCAUGUAUUCUGUGAAGCAUGUAUUGUCACUUCAAACAAGGAGCCAUGUCGAUGCCCCGUGUGUCGAAGCAUGCAUCCAAAUGGGUUCCCAAAAGUCUGUUUGGUUCUAGAGGCUUUCUUGAAGCAGCAUGUUUCAGAAGAAUACUCUGCAAGAGUAGACAAACGCAGAACUUGUGAGAUAGGAAAUUCAUCAACAGGGGAUUCAACAUCAGUUCCAGAAGGUUCUAAAGGUUCAUCUGUACCUAUGGAUGAACACUUGUGCAGUUCAGGCCACAAGGUUCACUUUGGAGUAGGUUGUGACUGCUGUGGGAUGUGUCCACUCAUUGGCAACCGGUACAAAUGCAAAGAUUGCUUCGAGAAAAUCGGCUUCGACUUAUGUGAAGAUUGCUACAAAAGCUCCUCUAAUCUUCCUGGAAGAUUCAAUCAACAGCAUAAACCGGAUCAUGAGUUUGAGGUUGUAGAACCCAAACCUAUCAUGAUCCUAUCUUAUGAUUUUCCUGAAGGUUAUGCACCCGAUCAUCUCGCAAACCCAACUGAUGGUUCCACUGAUCCUGACCUGUCCCUUGACAAUCAGGAAGAUUCGGAAGGCGACGUUCCAGAAGGCGACGUGGUGGGUCCCGUUAACGAUAAUGAUUCAUCGGGUGGUAAUGAGGACUCUGGACCAACAUUGUAAUACUAUUCUUAGCUGAACCAAAAUCUGAUUUCUUCAUAUCUGUUUACCACGAAUUUGUUGAAUCUUUAAAACAUAGGAUUUAUUGGCUUGUUGAUGUGAGACGAGUAUACGCAAGAUUAUACAUGAUGGUUCGAUGCUACAAAGAUCGCUUUGCAUGAAUGCGGAUGGGUAUUUAGUGGUGUUUGGGUGUUAUUUUAUUUAUGGUGGUGAUGCGACUUUUUUUUUUUUUUUUUUCACAACGAAUACUUGCGUAUAUUUGUGUGACUUGUACUCGCAACGAAUUUAGAUUGGUUGUGUUUGGGUAUGUGUAUUUAACCGCCAAGCUGUUAUGUUUA